ACGUGAGUGAGAGAGUGGCAGUGGGGGGCUGGCUGGCUGCUGGUUAGUGAAUUGGAGUUAGAUUUGUGAAUAAAGGAGUUUGGAUUUAUUGAAUUGUGUUAGAUGAAUUUUGAAUAAAAAUAAUCAGUACUCUCAGUGUGUUAGUGUAUCUCUUGUUUCAUCAACGAAAUGGUUAAUAUUCAAAUAUCUUUAAAGAAAACUGUGUUGGCGAUUGUUUUUAUUAGUCAACUCACUUUUGAGGUUACACCUGCUUCUCCAGCUCAUAUUCAUUCACACCACUUGAACAAAGAACGAGAAGAAGAUGGUUCAUUUGUAUCCAGGGAUCAUAAUCAUAUUACUAAUGGAGAACAUCGCACAGAAUUUGACCAUGAAGCCAUUCUUGGAAGUGUAAAAGAUGCUGAGGAGUUUGAUCAUCUGUCUCCUGAAGAAUCGAAAAGGAGACUAAAAAUACUGUUGUUGAAAAUGGACAUGAAUAAGGACUCUAUUAUUGAUCGUAAGGAACUUCAUGCUUGGAUACUACGUUCUUUCAGAAUGCUGUCUGAAGAAGAAUCAGCCGAGAGGUUUGAAGACGCUGAUGAAAAUGAAGAUGGAAAGGUGACUUGGGAUGAAUACAAAGCUGAUUCUUACGGUAUGGACGGAAGCGAGGAGGAAAACAUAAUUCAGUCUAGCGAGGAAGAAUCGUUAAUAAAAACGGACAGGAUAAUGUUCGAUGCAGCGGAUCUCAACAAAGAUGGCGUGCUGGAUAAACAGGAAUUUGUUUGGUUCACCCAUCCGGAGGAGCAUCCCGAGAUGUUGCCUUUCAUCCUACAAAACACUUUGGACGACAAGGAUACAGACAAGAAUGGUGUCAUUGACUUCCAAGAAUUUUUAGGAGAACGUGCCAAAAGUCACAGUAAAGAGUGGCUGCUUGCAGAAAAGGAGAAGUUUGACAGUGAAUACGAUAAGGAUAAGGAUGGGAUUCUGAAUGCCUCAGAGAUACUUUCUUGGGUUGUGCCUAGCAAUGAAGAGAUCGCAGAAGAAGAAGUAAAUCACCUCUUUGCAGCCUCCGAUGAUGACCACGACAAUAUACUGACUUUUGACGAGAUCCUCGACAAACAUGAAAUAUUUGUAGGCAGUGAGGCGACAGACUAUGGGGAACAUCUGCACAACAUUCACUACUUUCAAGAUGAGCUGUAAAAUACGCUACGUUUUAUAACACUAUACCUUACCCACCAGUCUUCGUAUAAGUUUAUUACAUCGGAGAGUUAAUCUCGUUUUAGCUUACGUAACGUUUUAUGAAAAAAAUGUUGUUUCCAAUAAUACUUGGUAUUUAAUUUGUACCAAUUGAACUAUAUUGUAAUCUUAUUGUGUUCCUAGCUGAAGAAAAACUGGACAAGUUGUAAAAUUACCUCUGUGGUAAUUUCUGAUUACAUGAAGCCACAUUUUGUAAGCAUUGUUCAUUACAAAAUCACAAAAUUAUUGUGUUCAUUAGUAAUUAUAAUAAUUUAUUUGUAUACAAUAUUUGUAUAAAUCUUAAAAUAUUUACUUCAAUUGUGCCCACCAUAAAAGAUGUUUUGCUUAUCCCUCUACUAGUUCUACAGUUUGUCUCUGGAAAAGACAAUUAAAUCUUGUAUUAAUUUCCUUGAUUAAUAACAAGGAGUACUCAAAGUUAAAAUCGUUUUGGUUCAAUAAAAUGUUGCCCUUGAAUUUUUUCA